AUGCUUCUGUCCGAGGUCAACGAGGUGACCUCCCACACCAAGUUCCAGCUAAAAGUCAACAAUGUGACCUUCCACACCAUAUUCCAGUCUGAGAUCGAUGAUGUGACCUUCCACGCCACAUUCCGGCUCUUUAAUAAACAUCUUCAUCUGCAUUUGCAGCCGUCCUCAACCUCCCUUACGUCCCGGAACCUCGCUGAUCUCAACCGCACUACACCAGCAUCAUUAUCCUACUGCUUAUUGGUUUUGUUGUCCUUAUCCCUUUUUGUUUCUCUGUAUGAAGGAUCCAGUGAACUGUUGUUGGAGGGAGACAUACUCUUGCCAAGAAGCAGGAACGCUCUUGUCUGCGCCACCAAAAACUGCUUUUGGAAGAAGUCCUCAAAUGGCUUAGUGGAGGUGCCUUUCACACUGAGCCGUGUUUUCUCUUCCUCUGACAAGACUGUAAUUGCCAACGCCAUGGCCACCUUCCGCAGCAAAACCUGCAUUAGUUUUGUUCCCAGGACAAAUCAAACUGACUACCUGAGCAUCGAGAGCAAAGACGGAUGCUACUCUAAUCUGGGCAGAACAGGUGGUGCUCAGGUGGUCUCUCUCAACAGGUUGGGUUGUGUUUACUACGGCAUCGUCGAGCACGAGCUGAACCACGCGCUCGGUUUCUACCACGAGCAUACUAGGAGUGACCGUGAUCAGUACGUCACCAUCAACUGGGAAAACAUCAACCCAGAAAUGCAGUCUAAUUUCAACCUACAGAAAACCAACAACCUCAACACGCUGUACGACUACUCCUCCGUGAUGCACUAUGGGAAAACAGCUUUCUCCAUCAACGGUCAGGACACCAUCACUCCUAUCCCUGAUCCUUCAGUGAAGAUUGGACAGAGAAAUGAGUUGUCCGCCAUCGACAUCCUGAGGAUCAACACUCUCUACAAGUGCUGAACUUCACACUCUGUUAUGUCAGAUUUCUA